UAGUCUCUUCCAUUUUCUUAUGCAUUCUCAUUGAAUGCACGCGGUAUUCGUGGCUCUUACAGAGAGAUGAAGAGAAACGAGAGUGAUCGGCUGGCUGACUUUUGAGCUAACCUCGACCUCGAUUUUCUUUCGAGUUUCUAUGGGGAGGCCACCUUGUUGUGAGAAAUUUGGAGUGAAGAAAGGGCCAUGGACGCCGGAGGAGGACAUCAUACUCGUCUCCUACAUCCAAGAGCAUGGACCUGCCAACUGGAGGUCUGUGCCGACUAACACCGGGUUGCUGAGAUGCAGUAAGAGCUGCAGGCUGAGAUGGACAAACUACCUAAGGCCAGGGAUCAAGAGAGGCAACUUCAGUGUUCAGGAGGAGAAGCUAAUUAUCCAUCUCCAAGCUCUCUUGGGAAAUAGAUGGGCAACAAUUGCAUCUUAUCUCCCAGAGAGAACAGACAAUGACAUCAAGAACUUCUGGAACACUCACCUCAAGAAAAAGCUACAGAAAGUUAACAACAACAAUAAUACAAUAUCAAACAAUAUUCACCAGCCAAUCCCUAAAGGGCAAUGGGAGAGAAGAUUGCAGACUGAUAUCAACUUAGCCAAACAAGCUCUCAAUGAAGCCUUACGCAUCAACAACCCAACUGACACAAUCACAAGCCCAACAAGCACUAGCCCUUCUUCUUCUUCUUCUUCUUAUCCAACCUAUGCUUCGAGCACGGAGAACAUUUCAAGACUUCUUGAGGGAUGGAUGAGCUCAAGAAAGCCUACAAAUUCUUUGGAGGUGUCGGAGACUGAAAGCAAGGAUACUAGCUCGGGAGGCCAAGAGCCGUUGUCUUUGAUUGAGACUUGGUUCUUUGAUGAUGGCUUAGGGGGAGAGAAUAACGAAGGAUUAUUUGAUUUGUCAGUGGAUAAUGUUGCUUGUGGGAUGUUUUAGAUUGAAAUCACAUAAGAGGGAGUUUGGUUUCUCUUUUGAUCCUUGUUUGUUUUUGUGCAGGUUGUGUAACGGAGGUAGUGAGUGCUGUUAUGCCUGACAGAAAAGAAGUGUAAAUUAAGAAGUUUUAUCUUAGUUUGAGAAUGUCAGUAAAUGUUUCUAGUUGAUUUAAAUGAUAUUUUUCUUUUGUUGGAGUUCA